UGCAUUUCAUAGCCUCCUGGAAAGAGCGCAAAAUGGCCUCAUUCGUCCUGAAGAGUGUCCUCUUUUUUGUAGCCGUCUUUUCCAUUUGUUUAAUGGCUCAAGCUAGUGACCCAGAUAUCUUGUCUGACUUCAUUGUUCCUGUAGGAAGCGCCAUAGAUGGGAACUUAUUUACCUUCAAUGGUACGCGUGGAAUUUUUGGCAGCGUCAUUGAAAAGUUCAAAGUGACAAAAGCUAGCAAGGCAGAGUUUCCUGUUUUGGAUGGCCAGAGUGUUUCAUUAGCAGUACUUCAAUACCCGGGAGGAGGUGUCAACCCUCCCCACACCCACCCUCGUGCAGCUGAACUGUUAUUCGUCGUUCAAGGUAGCCUCGAGGUUGGAGUUGUAGACACGACUAACAAGCUUUAUACUCAGACUCUACAAGUUGGUGACUUGUUUGUGUUCCCUAAAGGACUAGUGCACUAUCAGUAUAAUUCUGAUUGGAAUAAAUCAGCUACAGCCGUUUCUGCUUUUGGUAGCGCGAUUGCUGGAACUGUUUCACUUCCUACAACAUUGUUUGAUACAGGGAUCGAUGAUCAGAUUCUCGCCAAGUCCUUCAAGUCUGAUAUUGCUACUAUACAGAAGAUCAAGGCUGGUCUUUCACCUUAGGCAAUUUUCU